AUGGAAUUCUCGCUGACGCCCGAAGUUCCCCUGUCUUCGGGGACCGCGUCCAGCGACGGGUCCCCGAACCCUCUGAGGGUGGUGCCCGACCCAGAGUCGUCCACCGAUCGCGACUCGCCGAAUGCGCGCUCCUCGGCGACCAGUGAAACCCGCUCCCAGACCGCCCAACCAGUUAUAGCCGUCCCCGCUGCCUGUCUCGGCUGCCGUGGGAAGCACCUCAAAUGUGACGGACAGAACCCUUGCUCGAGAUGCCAGAGCUCGCAGUCCGAGUGCAUCUACGUCGCCUCGCGCCGCGGCUACAAGGGUCCGAGGAGGAACAACACCGCCAACCCGAACAAGAGAGCGCGCUCCUCGUCUCCCACGUCCACCGUCGGUGUCGGCGACAGUUGCCCUAUGCUCUUGGCCGCUAACGGCACCACGGCGCCCUCGACCAUGCAGAACUCGGCGGCCUUUGGCCCCAUCGGCGUCGGCCUCCCCGACACCCCCAGUACCACGUUUGCAACGACGCCCAACUACACGAAUAUGCAGCUCUACCGCUCCUUUGGCGCCGCCACCGGCUUCGGCUCGAACCAGCUGGCCCUGGGCGUGCCGCAGUCCGGCGCGCCCGCCCAGGUCCCCGUGCCCACCCUUGCCGAGCGGUGUCUCGACUCGUUCUACCACCACUUCCAUGCCUCGCACCCCUUUGCCCUCCCCAAGGAAUGGCUGCUCCGCAUCAUGAGGGACACCAACGUGGAACCUCUGCUGGCCACCAUCCGCUGGAUCGGCUCUCUGUUCCUUGAGGCCGGGCCCGCGCGGGCCGGGUUCCUGGACGAGGCACUGCGCCUGGUGCAGAAUCCUACCGUCAGGAGAGACGGCUUCUUCGUCCAAGCCCUGGUCCUGUUAGUCGUCGGGCUGGACGGCAGCUGUGAGCAGGAUAGGGCUCGGGACCUGCUCGCCGACGCCGAGCGCACCGCGCUCGAGAUAGGACUGCACACGCGCGGGUUCGCGACGCAGUACGGCCGGGGCAUCCCCGUGCUCGAGGAGAGCUGGCGGAGGACGUGGUGGGACCUGUUUGUCGUCGACGGCAUGGUGGCCGGGGUCCACCGCCAGACCAACUUUCUUCUCUUUGACGUGCCCGCCGACGCCGCCCUCCCCUGCGAGGAGCAUCAAUAUCUAUCUGGGAACAUCCCGCCGCCCAUGAACCUCACGGACCUGGAAGACCAGGACUUCUCCGGCGAGGACCGGCCGUUCUCGUCGUUUGCCUACCGCGUCCUGGCCGGGCGCAACCUGGGCAAGCUCAUGCGCGUCCCGCCCAUCUUCGGCCCGGACGACGAGAACCUGGCGCGCAUCGAGGCGCUGCUGACCAACUGGAGACUCCACCUCCCGGCGGCUAAGAAGAACGCGCUGGACCAGAAGCUCCAGCCCGACGAGAUGAUCUUCCAGGCCAACAUGAUGACCAAUGCGACGUCCAUCAUGCUUCAUCAGCCGCACUCGCAGCUGGACUCGACGCCGGCGCGGUCGGUCACGUCGUGCGCGCCGCACCGGCCGGUGCCGUCCGGGGACCUGUUCAACGCGCACACGAACCACACGGUGACGUCGGCGGCCGAGAUCAGCAAGAUGAUCACGCACCGCGUGCCGCUGACGUCGCACACGCACUUCUUCACGUGCGUCGUGACGCUCUCGUCCAUCGUCCACCUGAGCAAGUGGGCCCUCUUCUUCGUGCCCCACGACGACGACGAGCUCCGGCAGCAGAUCCGGCUCAACAUCGGCGCCCUCAACAAGCUCUCGACCGUGUGGAAGGCGGCGGGGCGCGCCUCGGGCCAGGUCCGGGCCGUUGCGCAGGACAUCUACCGGUCCAAGAAGACGUCGCAGACCAGCCCGUCCUACUGGCAGGGCUACACCCAGGAGGAGGUCAUGAACAGCAUCGCGGCGGACGAGACCAUCAUGAACGACAUUGAGUCGGGCCUGGGCGGCAUCUCCAUGCCGCCUCUGGGCGGUCUUGGCGGGUAG